GAAUAUGUAUCAUUGACGACUCGACGUCUCUCGUCAUGACGUAAUUAAUACCAACAUGAUAUGACAUCGUCGUAAAAGUAACGAUAAUACAUAGGUAUACGUAUAGGGCGUGUGCGUCCGUUAUCAGAGACUUCUUAUCAUUUGGUUCGUAUGAAAAGGCAAACGGCACACCUAGUUCCUCUUUUGCUGUCCGUUGAGAAAAGGUGUCGAUCGCUCCAGUUCAUAUCAAACUCUCGUUGGAUAUCGAUUUCGGAUCAACGAUGAGGAAUCUCGUUUGGAUAAUUUUGCUCAUUGCAGCUGCACGUGCACAGAAAUAUAGAUUUUGCGCACCUGCCGAUGUAAACGAUGCUACGUGCAUAUCUUUGCAACGAGGAGAUAGUAAAGUGUCAUGUGUGCAUGUGGCGGAUAGUGCCGAAUGUGCUAUUCGUAUAGCUGAAGGCGAGGCUGACUUCGGUAUUUUUAAUGCAGAAGAAUUAUUGCUGGCUGUUCAAUUUUAUCCAACUGUCCUUCAACCCAUUUUGCAACUAAGGCACAAGGAAAUGCAGACAGAGGAAUUUGAAUUUCAAACGGUAGCAGUAAUUCCUGCAGACUUGACGGGAAUGGAAACCGCUCCUGGCGAGCGUCUUAAGCGUUUGAGAAAUGCUGGUUUGUGUCAUCCUGGUUUUAGCGAAUCUCAAUGGUGGACUGAUUAUAUUCUCAAGCAUUUUGAAAAUACAGUAAAUCCUCUGCAAUGCCAAGAUAAUGUAACCGUUAUCGAGAGCGAGCUUAGAAAUCUCAGAGACUUUUUUGGAAAAGCUUGUAGACCAGGCGAAUGGGUCGCUGACCCAUCCUACGAUCGAGAACUAAAAAGCAAAUAUCCAGAGUUAUGCGCUCUUUGCGACGACACAGUAAAUUGCCGUUAUAGCAACAGACAUCAUCAUGGACAUUACGGAGCUUUGCAAUGUCUAACUCGUGGCUAUGGUAAAGUGGCAUACGUAGCACUUAAGUACGUUCAAGAAUAUCUUAAAACGAAUGAAUCAUUCCAGUUUCUAUGCCCAAGUGGUACUGUCGAAUCUUUAUCUAGUAAUUCACCUUGCGCAUGGCUUCAACAACCCUGGAGUGUCAUUGUAGCUAGAAAAGAAAUCGAAGAUUCUCUUAAGCCUAGUUUAUUUGAUUGGUUGAGAAAUCGCUCACAAUCUUGGCAUUAUGAUUUAAGUAAAAUUAUACAAGAAGAUAGCUGGGCUUUUGAAUUACCGGAAAAGACAUCUGCAAUUACGUACUUGAGUAAAGGAAGAGAAAUUGUGCUCGAUAAUAUUAAAACCUGUGGCAAAAGUAUUCGUUGGUGUACAAUUAGCCGUGAAGAGACUAUCAAGUGCAAAUGGGUAGCGAAAGCGGUAAGGGCUCUUGGUAUAGCACCGAGCAUUUCUUGCAUCCAGUCAAACUCUACAUUUCAAUGUUUCCGUGAUAUACAAGAAAAUCGAACAGACAUAAUCGUCAUUGAUUCCAACUAUGGUUACUUGGCACGAACAGUUCACAAACUGUCAACGAUUUUAUAUAGCGAAACCGAAGAUGAUAAGAAUAGCAUUAUCCUUGCAAUAGUGCCUGAGCCUAAAGGCGACAAUUAUCCUAUAACAGGCUUCCAAGAUUUAAAGGGUAAAAGGGCAUGCUUCCCCGAGUACAGUGGAAUUAGCUGGUUGAGUUUUAUCAAUACCGCUAGAGUGAGCGGUGUUAUUUCAUCUAAAUCCUGUGAUUAUCCGUUGUUAAUGUCCAGACUAUUUUCUGGUGCCUGUACUCCCGGAAUAGAAGAUACCGAUCAUUCGCGCAACCAUAUCUCCUCGAACAUAACAUCGAAACUGUGCUCGAGUUGUAGACAUCAACAUAAUACUUCCUGCGCUGUUAACGAGACUAAUCGGUAUUAUGGUGACAAAGGAGCUAUGCGAUGCAUCGAUGAAGGAGCAGGCGACAUAGCAUUCGUCGAAUACGGAAAUAUCAAGGAUCAUAUUGUCGACCAACAUACGUAUCGUAUUUUGUGCAAAAAUGGAAGUCUGGCCGAUAAGUCAGGAUUUAAUUUUGACAAAUUCUGUGCACUAUCGAUAACAAUUGACAGCGAGGUUGUUGGUCGCAAGAAUAAAGACGAGCAAAUCACUGAGUUAGAUACUAUUCUGGCCUUAUUAAAAAUGGAAAAUUGGCUAGGAUAUCGCGCUAAUGUUCGAAGACCAAUUCAUAUUUAUGGUCCAUUCAACAGGACAUUAAAUCUUCUCUUUAAAGAUUCUUCAGCUGGUUUGGUUUCCACAUCAUCGACGAAGGAGUCAGUGCUUGCCUAUAAAGAACUUUUCACUCACGUAGAAACGUGCAAUGGUUCUUGUGCAGUCACUGUUAAUUUCAUUUUUGUAGCUUUAAUAGCACUUUAUCAUCUUCUUUCCAAUCACGUACAUUAAUUUUUUACAUUGUGUGAUUUUAAUAUUUACGUAAUACAUUAUCGAUAUAUGUUCUUUUAAAUGUAAUCAUUAAUGUAAGCAUUAAUCAAUUUUUUAUUCUUCCAAAGAAAAAAGACACCAUAACUUUGUUUUUCUAGUUUGGAGAUUAAUUAGAAUAAACAAAUUAUUAUUACUUUUCUACAC